GCCACCAUGUCCGAGAAAACACCCGUCACCGGCGCACCAUCAUCUUCACCGACUCCCCACUUGGCUUUCACGACCAUCUCCAACGUGAAGCUCCAUGUUCUGAUCCUUCUCAGCUUCUCCGAGCCCAACUACAAAAAGUGGAGUCGGCUCUUUCUUCUUCUCAUCCGCCGGUUCUCUCUUGGUGAUUUUCUCACCGGCAAGUCUACUCCGUCUAGCGCCGACGACUCCGAGUGGUUUCAACUCGACGCCCUCAUUCAAGGAUGGAUACUAUCAACGGUGAAUGACGAAGUUUGCGAUCUUGUCCUCUCCACCACCAACUCGGCUUCGGAGUUAUGGCAAACAAUCUACAAUCUCUUCCACGACAACAAGGCGGCCCGAGCCAUCCAACUUGAGCACCAAUUCCGCACUACAACGAAGGGCUCACUCUCCAUGGCCGUCUAUUGCCAAACCCUACGGAACCUAGCCGAUUGGUUGGACGACGUUGAUGCCACCGUCUCCGAGCAACAACUAGUCCUACAG